AUGCCAUCAUCCCGCCCUGCCGCCAGUGCACGAGCCGCCUCGCUUGCCUCCUCCUUUCACCGCGCAGCUCAGACCAUCCUUCCUCGUCGCGGCCGUUCCCGUCGCAAUGAGUCCCCCCGCGAAAGAAACGCACCCCACCCCGCCCAAAAACAACCGAAAACCCUGCCCUCUCCGAGUUUGGGUCGCCUUGUGACAAAUGUCGUCAAGGUCUGCGGCGAACUUGGAUCAGACGGCCUCGGCGUUCGUCGCUCCUCCUCCGCCCUGCAUCCUUCCGCCUUUUCCCCGUUCUUACUCCUCGACCAUUGUGGGCCCCAACGCGUCCCUAGGCCGGGUGAUAUUAGAAGUGAGGAGCCCCGAUGUGGGCAACAAGCCCUUACCUUCGUCACUAGUGGCAAGCUUCACUACGCCGAUUCGUGUGGUAAUGAGGCCGUGCUCAAGAAGGGGAGUGUCAGCCUCUUGACCGCGGGAUCUGGCCUCAUUGUUUCGCAUUCCGUUCAUGGGCCGAUAAUCGAGUACUUUUCAAUAUGGAUCAACAUUCCCAAGGAGAUGAGGGCCGCCCCGCCCGAGCAACGGAUGACGGAAAACCCGCCAUUCCUUGUCACGGGACAAGGCGAGUCCGCCGCAAGGAUAUGUGUUCUUGCAGGGCCCACAAAUCGUGAUGUCAAGGCCUCAGUUGACCACGACAUCAAGAGGGAACGCUCCUCCGUAGAGCUGGAGACUGCUGCUGGGAGCGCCGCUGUGUACGACGUAAAAAUGCAGCGCAAGUCGCAGCUCGUGCUCAACCCCAACACCAGCCGCGUUUUCAUCUACGUGUACCGUGGAGCCGCGCUCAUCUCGAAAACAACAGAGGUGAAGGAAGGAGACCUUGCGGUACUGGAGUCGAAUCGCGACCGCCCCGUCGUCAUUGACAGCGUUGGUGUGCGACGGGAAACGGUUCCGAAGCCCGACCAUGAUUUUUCCGACUUUGACACGUUUGAAGAGCAUGCCUGCUGGUGCCUCGUACUCGCCGGCGAUCCUGUAUCAGAGCCCGUCUCGAUGAUGUCGUCUGGUAUUGUUGGUGGUACACCGCAGGAGAUUCGGAAGGCAUUCCAGGAGUAUACUUGUGGAAGUAUGGGGUCCGGGAGCCCGACGUUUUCGAAACGUAAGUUUAGUGCGUAUGACUCUGAUUGUGAAGGUGAUUAUGAUGCGUGCCCAAGUAGCGGUAGCAGUGAACUGAGUACGGAUGAGAGCGAGUCCUCCAUAGCAGGGCUGAAUAAGCUGCGUAUUUAGCAGGAUCAUGACAAACGAGUAUCCGCGUCGGGUGAAUGAGGGGUUGUGCAAAUCGGUGAUGCGAAUUGCUUAAAUGCUCAUGUGUAGGCGUUUUGCGUUCGGGAAGAGGGCACACACAUUUAAAGCUUGACCAUGUACAAUGAUGGAAUGAAACAGAUUGUAUUUACUUAGUAUCGCAUGGGCGUUAGGGGUUGCAAUGUUCAUCAAGAACACAAGAUUUUAAAGCAGAUUACAAAGCUGGAA